AUGACGUCGCUUCAUGAAAUCUUAAUGAAACAAUUCGAAUCGUGGAAACCGCUUCCGCCAGAAGUAGAAAAGAGAAGCAGUCGUGAUGUAACUCUUGUCUUGUCGGCGGGACCGUUCAGUUUCCUCAAAAACAAGCUUAUAUAUAGAGUGGAGAAAAAAGAAAAGAUUCCAUCUUGGAUUACUGUUUACAGUGGAGGAAAAUCGACGAAAACUAUCGCCAAUCUCGCACCAAGCCACCCACACAGAUUCCGUUUUAAAGUAAUAAUCAAAUCAUCAGCAAUCAAAGAUUUAGAGAGAGCAGCGAUCGAACAUUACGGGGAUGAAAAAAACGUUUACGAAGUCCUGAACGAAAUUGAUGAGUCGGAAGAUCUCAAACGAAGUAAAGAAAAUAAUUCAAGUGGAGUCGACGACAAAGCAAAAUCCGUUCCUUCAUACACAAUGGACUGUGAAAAACAGCUAUUGUCUCGCCAAAUCUUUGAAGAGAAGCCGAUUGAGAAAAGUAGCAACGUUUCUUCGCGUCAAUACAAGUGGUUGUCGUCACAAUGGUCAGAAGACACAUGGACGAGUACUGACUCAGACGGUACUUCCGUCGUGUGCUUCUGCAUGGCAGUGCGGUGUGGAUAUCUUAAACAAGUACAACAAAUGUUAGAGGACCGACCCAUUCUCAUCUCUGUCGUCAACGCCAACAACGGCUACACCCCUCUCGCCACAGCAGCCAGGAAAGGUGAUGUAAGCACGGUACGAUUCCUGUUAUCCGCCAACGCAGAAAUCGAACAGCCAUCGUCAACAGGACAGACGCCACUUCAGCUGGCCGUACUCGCUGGGCAUGUGCCUGUAGCUGACCUGCUCCUGGAGAAAGGAGCUGACUCUCAGGCUCGUGACUACAACCUACUACGCAUUGAACACUACGCGGUUGACUCUUGCAAGCUUGAAAUGGUGAAAUAUAUAUUUGCGAAAGGUGGUGACGUUGAUGUAAGAGACAGCAAUGCUUGGACUCCUCUCUUCAGAGCUGUAUGCCAAGGAGCUAAAACGGAUAUAAUAGAAGAGCUGGUUCGCCGAGGAAGCGACGUGGAAGCUGUGGAUAGAGCGGGACUCAGUGUUGCAGCAGCCGCACGACUUUUGAAAGACCGACAUGGUCGGCGAAGAGAAUCCGUGCUUCGACUCGUAGAUUCGCAAUUCCAUCACGAAAAGGUCGUCGCUAACUUUACACGCCUAACAAAGAAGAUUUCAAGUGUUCACACUUUACUUAGUAUUAAGUAA